AUGGCCACCACUCGCCUGAAAAUCAUCACUACUACCACUGCGCUCCGAACCCAAGCAUGUCGUAGAAUUCCAACUGCACUUCACUCUUGCUCAGCUCGGCAGCUGACAUCGAGUGCCAAUUCGACCGUAUCGACUUCUGGGCCCUUGUACAACACUCCCAAAUCACAAGCGAAGGAGCCUUUUGCCGUCUUUCGUGAUGUUCCCCAACUACGCGAGCUGCGUCGGACGAUGUUCAAGGAAGGGAGACAGGUGGGACUAGUGCCGACAAUGGGCGCGUUGCACGCAGGACAUCUUUCACUCGUCAAGCAUGCUCUCGAAGAAAAUACAGACGUCUUCAUCUCCAUCUUCGUCAACCCGACGCAAUUCGCUGCGCACGAAGAUCUGGAUUCAUACCCCAAGACUUGGGAGCAAGACUUGAACAUGUUGAAGGAGCUACAAGAUGAACACGCCAGAUCAUCCUCCCCCAACAAGGAUUCCAAAAUUGUUGGCAUCUUUGCACCCACUGUUAAUGUCAUGUAUCCAACGUUACCACCAUCUUCAGAUAUUGCCGGCGAUGGCUCCUUCGUAACCAUCACUCCUCUUGGCAAGGUCCUCGAAGGUGCUUCUCGUCCCAUUUUCUUCCGAGGAGUCGCCACCAUCUGCACCAAGUUGUUCAACAUCGUUCAGGCCGAUCGUGUCUACUUCGGUCAGAAAGACGUUCAGCAGUCCGUCCUCAUCAAGCGUAUGGUCAAAGACUUCCAUAUUCCUACUGAGGUCCGUGUCAUCCCGACAUCUCGGGAACCGGACGGUCUGGCCAUGAGUAGUCGAAAUGUCUAUCUGGGAGAACGCCGUCGCCAACAAGUCGCGGUGCUUUCUCGCGCGCUCUUUGCUGCCAGGGAUGUCUACAAAUCUGGCCAGCUAGUUGGAGGACCCAUCAGAAGCGCCGCUACAGAGGUCUUUCGGGAAGCAGCUUGUGCAGAAGGAGACGAUGGUCGAAUUGGUGGACCCGCCCGCCUCGAGAUUGAUUACAUCGCUCUCAGCGAUCCUGACACCAUGAAUAUGAUCCCUAACCGAGACAAGAUCGACCCUCGACGUGGUGCUGUCCUAAGCGCCGCUAUGUUGGUACGACCCGUAGACAAGCCCCAAACAGCCGACGAGCUGGAGCAGACUACUGUUAGAUUGAUUGACAACGUCAUCUUGGAGCCUCUCGAGGUCGAAAAAUCAUGA